GAGUAUAAGUACGCCUUUUCUCGUUCCCAUUCUCCAGCUGCUUUGUUGAAGGGUACCUCUUGUCUGCGGAGUUUCAGCUGUAAAAAACACCCAUCAAUCAUUCCAAGAUGCGUUUCACCGACUUCGUUGCUGCGUCCUUGACGCUUGGAGGACUGAGUGCAGCUGCACCGACUCGUUACACAAACGAGACAGAGAGCCUUUACAAAGCCAUGGAGAAGCGAGGAAGAAGCUUCAUCGGAACUGCAUUGACCAUUCGCAAUGAGACCAUUGAGGAGACGAUCAUCCAGCAAGAUUUCAACUCCAUUACCCCCGAGAACGCCAUGAAAUGGGAGUCCACCGAACCUUCCCAGGCAAACUUCACCUUUGACGGCGCCGACCAGAUUGCCGCAUUUGCCACAAGAAAUGAGCUCCAGCUUCACUGCCAUACCCUGGUGUGGCACAGCCAGCUUCCCGCGUGGGUAUCUCAGGGUGGAUUCGACAACGCCACCUUGAUCCAGGUCAUGGAGGACCACAUUGCAGCUGUCGCUGGGCGUUACAAGGAUGUCUGCACAAGGUGGGACGUUGUGAAUGAAGCAUUGAACGAGGAUGGAACCUACCGUGAAAGUGUUUGGUACAACACCAUUGGCGAGGCUUUCCUCCCCAUUGCCUUUAGCCUUGCCGCCAAAUACGCCCCCGAUACCCAGUUGUUCUACAAUGACUACAACAUCGAUCUGAACGGCGCCAAGACCGACGGUGCCCGCCGCAUCGUCGAACUCAUUCAAUCUUACGGAGUCCGCAUCGACGGUGUAGGAUACCAGGCUCACUUCACCCAAGAAGCUACGCCCACCGCACCAGGACCCCUUCCUGAGCAACCCGAUCUUAUCGAGGCCCUUGAGAAGACGGCCUCGCUCGGCGUUGAGGUUGCAUACACUGAGAUUGACAUCCGCAUGAACACCCCUGCGACUGCCGAGAAGCUUGAGGUGCAGGCCGGCAUCUAUGAAAGAGUCGCUGGAGCCUGCCUUGCGGUCGAGAGCUGCAUCGGUAUGACUGUCUGGGGUAUCUCCGACAAGUAUUCUUGGAUCCCCGAGACCUUCCCUGGUGAGGGCGCGGCCAACGUUUGGGGUGAGAGCUACGAGAAGAAGCCCGCUUACACGGGAUUCUUGGCCGGCAUCAACGGCGAGGCAUAGAUAUAAGAGUGUAUUGUGAGGCUGUGAGAUGGUUACAAUAUCUGUUCUGCUGCUAUA